AUGAAGAGAGCCAACUUCACAGGGGUAAGAGAGUUUGUUUUCCAAGGUUUCUCUGACUUCCAAGAAUAUCAACUCACGCUCUUUGUUGUCUUCUUUGUCCUGUACGUCCUGACUCUGGCUGGCAAUGUCAUCAUUGUGACCAUUAUCCGUAUUGACCACCACCUUCACACUCCCAUGUAUUUCUUCUUAAGUGUUCUCUCCACCUCAGAGACCUUCUAUUCUCUGGUCAUCAUCCCACGAAUGCUUGGUAGCCUUGUGGGUCUAAGCCAAACCAUCUCCCUGGAGUGCUGUGGGAUGCAGCUCUAUUUUUUCCUUGGAUUUGGAAUCACCAACUGUCUCCUGCUAGCAGUCAUGGGUUAUGAUCGUUAUGUGGCCAUCUGCAACCCACUCCGUUAUAGCGUCAUCAUGAAUUGGAGGGUGUGUGCCAUUCUGGCAUCUUCAGUCUGUGCCACGGGGUUCCUUCUCUCACUAGUUCAGGCUAUGUCCAUUUUUAGGCUGCCCUUCUGCAACUCACUGAUUGAACAUUUCUUCUGUGAUAUCCGACCUAUCCUGAAUCUGGCAUGUACAGUGCCAGUCAUCAAUGACAUCUUGACGUUAGUUAUCACCCUCCUGGUAAUCACAGUACCUGCCACCUUCAUAUUUGUCUCCUAUGUCCUCAUUAUUUCCACCAUUCUCAAGAUCUCCUCAGCCGGUGGCUGGAAAAAACCUUUUGCCACCUGCAGCUCCCACCUCACUGUAGUUGUGAUCCAUUAUGGUUGUGCUUCCAUUGUCUACUUCAAGCCCAAGUCAGAGAACACCAGGGACCAGGACCAGCUGAUCUCAGUGACUUACACUGUUAUAACCCCUCUACUAAACCCUGUUGUGUAUAGUCUGAGAAACAAAGAAGUCCAGGAUGCUCUACGGAGAAUGAUGGGGAGAAAAUCCUUAUCAUAG